ACUGUGCCAGCCUAAACAGCGCCAGAUACACAGUCAGCGUUGAGAGAAAUUUUCCCUCCUUCAGGAACUUCACUUCACGUCCAAGAUGCGAGUAUCAGUCUUCAGCAUGAUCUUCGUGCUGGCGGUGGCUGCAUCCUUCGCACCGCAGUGCCAAGCGAGCGGCUGGGAGGCACUAGUGCCAGCCAUUGCGAACAAACUCACAGGAUUGUGGGAGAGUGGAGAGCUCGAGCUGUUAGGGCACUACUGCAGCUUCAACGUGACACCGAAAUUCAAGCGUUGGCAACUGUACUUCAGGGGUCGCAUGUGGUGCCCAGGAUGGACGACCAUCAGAGGUCAAGCCGAGACCCGUAGCAGAUCGGGUGUGGUGGGGAGAACUACGCAGGACUUCGUCAGGAAAGCUUUCAGGGCGGGUCUCAUCAGCGAAUCAGAGGCUCGAGAUUGGCUGAAUAAUUAAGACGAAGAAGCACGUCACACAUAGAUACGAUUUAUUUAUAAAGCAGUGUGGAAAGGAUCUCGUUAAUGGUAUAUCCAAACUCUUCUGUGAAGAUUAAUAGCCAUAAAUAAACAUCAAGUAGCAUA